UUUCAUUAAUAUUUCAUCGUUGCUCUCUCUCUCUAAAAUCUCUGCAAUUCAUUUCUCUCUCUAGAACUGUAUCUUAUUCCUUGACGCGUUUGGAUCGAAGAACCUUUGAAUUUUCGAAACUGUUCGAUGAACUCCGUUUUUGCGUCCCGAGCUGUGCAAUCGAUGGUUUCUGUUUUUGGUUUGUGAAGCUCGGUGAAUUCGAGCUCGUUUUUUUGUUGUUGAAAUUAUUAUGAUUUUUUUGAGGGAAUAAUCACAAUCGGUGGUUUGAAGGAGGAAGAGGAAUUUCGAAUUUUCUGGUUAAAAAAUAAUUUUAUUUUUGAAUUUUUUGCGUCUUUCAUGGGGGAAGGUGAAGGUGGCGCUUCCAAGAAUGUGUCGUCCUCGUCAUCAGAAGGAGUUGUUCCGGCGGCGGCGUUGGAUGUUCCGGCGAAGAAGCUGGCGAGGCAGCUUGAUUUCUCCGGCGUGCCGGAACACUCUCAAUUGCAAUCGCAUUCGCAGCCUCCGCCGCCGCCUCAGACCGAAAUGCAGCAACCGGUGAUUGUGACGCCGUUGCCGCCGCAGACACCUCAUCCUUCGGUUAAGAUUGGGAAACCAGAAUCUCCACAAUCAAGAUCAAGACCUAACUUUGAAAUGAAAGAUGCUACUCCAAAGAAACAAAAGCAGUGCAAUUGUAAACACUCUAAAUGCUUAAAGCUAUAUUGUGAAUGUUUUGCAUCGGGAAUAUAUUGUGAUGGUUGCAACUGUGUAAAUUGCUUCAACAAUGUCGAAAAUGAAGCUGCUAGACGGGAAGCUGUUGAAGCUACUUUAGAGCGCAAUCCAAAUGCAUUUAGGCCCAAAAUUGCGAGCAGCCCGCAUGGAACACGUGAUAGCAGGGAGGAUGCCGGGGAAGUUUUAAUAUUAGGAAAACAUAACAAGGGGUGCCAUUGUAAAAAGUCUGGGUGCCUCAAGAAGUACUGUGAAUGCUUCCAAGCCAAUAUUCUUUGUUCUGAAAAUUGUAAGUGCAUGGACUGCAAGAAUUUUGAGGGAAGUGAAGAGAGACAGGCUUUGUUUCAUGGAGAACAAAAUAACAACAUGACAUACAUUCAGCAAGCGGCAAAUGCUGCCAUAACUGGAGCUAUUGGUUCCUCUGGCUACUCAUCGCCUCCAGUAUCCAAGAAAAGAAAAGGUCAGGAACUAUUCUUUUGGCCUACAGCCAAGGAUCCAUCCAUUAGCAAGUUGGGACAACAGGUAAACCAUGUCCGAGGUCCAGCACCCUCCUCAUCCCUGUCAUCUGUCCCAGGUGCUCGUGUUGGAACUGCAACAUUAGGUCCUUCAAAAUUUAUGUACAGGUCUCUUUUAGCAGACAUUAUACAACCGCAGCACCUGAAGGAGCUUUGUUCAGUUCUGGUGCUAGUAUCUGGACAAGCUGCAAAGACACUUACAGACCAGAAAAAUUUAAUGGAAAAGCAUACAGAAGAUCAGACAGAAACUUCCCUUGCUUCUUCAACUCAAGAGCAAUUACCAAGUCAAAAGGAAGGUGAUGUUGAGAAAGCUAUGGCUGAUGAUUGUUCGAGUGCAAACCAAACAGAUAAAAUCAGCCCAGACAAUUCCAGCUCAGAUGUCGCUGAUGUCCCUAAAAGGAGGCCAAUGUCUCCUGGGACUUUAGCUUUGAUGUGUGACGAGCAAGAUACAAUGUUCAUGACAGCUGCCUCCCCCAUUGGGCCAAUGGCCCAUGCUACGUCUUCACAAUUUCCUUAUGGACAAGGAAUGACAGAGGUCUAUGCUGAGCAAGAAAGGAUUGUACUAACAAAAUUUAGAGAUUUUCUCAAUAGGGUUAUUACUAUGGGAGAAAUAAACGAAACAAAAUGUUCUUCAUUGGCCAGAAGUGAAUUAGAGAGUCAAAAAGACCCUAUCAUCAGUGGCAUUGGAAACACCAAUACUGAGAUAGUGCAUCAGCAGGUAGCCACUAGCAAUGGUGUUACCAAAGCUGUUGUUCCACCGGGGGCCACAACUUCAGCAUCUAUGAUCCCGGGUAAUGUUCUUACUGAAAAUGGGGAAACUGAGCUGAAGAUGGAAAAAGAUAUGAAAGGAAUCUAACUUAGAAGGAUGCCCAGUGAUACGAUUGAAAGAAGAAAUGAGAAGGUAUGCUAAAACUUCUCUGUAAUAUAAAAACAUUGCCGGUCUUCGUUUUCUGCCUUCUCCUUUGAAAGGUCUGAUAAGCAUACAGGCCCCCCCACAUUAGUCCAUGUAGGACCAAUUUUUUUUUUUUCUAUCAAUUUUGUUGUUCUAAUUUGGUCAUUACACAUCUAAAUUAAUUUUUCAGCUUCAACAUUGCUUUAUUGCAAAGCUUGUAAAUUGCUGAGUUGUAAUUUCAUAAAAUAUAUCGUUUAGAUUUUGCGUUC